AUAAUGUUAAAUAUCAACUAUGUUUUUAUGGAUGGCCAAAAAGUGUCCGACCCAGUUCUUCCUCUUCUUCCUGUUUGUGUGUAGGUUUAUAGUGUUCAUGUCCUAUCAGAUGUAUUAUGACUACCCACCGCUCACAUACCUGGAGUAUCCCAUCCUCAUUGCACAAGAUGUCAUUGUGCUCCUGUUAAUCCUGCACUACAACAGGAACAUGAAACACAGCCUCAUAUACGCAGCCCUGUUUGUGGGUGGAUGGCAGUUGCUUACAGCACAGAAGUGGGUGAUUGAUCUGGCCAUGAGUUUGUGCACUGUCAUUAGUGCUGGCAGUAAACUGGCACAGCUUCAGUGUCUGUGGCGCUCAAAGGACUCUGGGCAGGUCAGCGCUCUCACCUGGGCUCUGGCCACAUAUACAUGCCUGGCACGGAUCUUCACCACCGUCAUCACCACAGGAGACACACAAGUUCUCAUACGGUUUGUUGUCAUGAGCAUUCUGAACAUGUGGGUCACAGUCACAGUCGUCUACUACAAACCUCAUGCAGUGAAACAGGAUUAAGGGGAUGCAACUUUCUGCAUACAGUUUAUCUCAAUGUAUUCUGUCUGCUGUUGGAUUUUUUUUUUUUUGAAGAACUAAACUAGAUUAAGGUCAGGUGCUAUUUGGAUGUAACACAUUUAAAAUAUUUAAGGUUUACUGACUUUGGGUAAGUGUGUACAACCAAAAAUCUUACAAUGCUCUGGGUUUCCCAGUUUAGUGCUUGCAAGCCACUUUUUUGUUGAAAAUUUAAAUCUU